GAGUCACGCACACACACACACACGUAGCAAAAUAGAAUAAAAGCACUAUAUAUACUGAAACACCUCGCCAGUCGCUUGGAGGUGCCCUGUGUUGUCCGUCGCCGCGUUGCUACACCUCAUCCGUAUUAGUUCAUUCUCUAUUUAUCUAUCUCUUGUCUGCAGUGCGUCUCCCGGAUCAUGAAUCAAACGAAGCUGUUUCAGGACUUCGCGUUCUCCAUGCGGUGCGAGAGUGCCAGCACCAUCGUGUUUGUUGCCUGUCCGAAGGGCGGCCGCUAUGGAGAUGUGCGCAAAACAUUAGCCGGUCUGCUGCAGCGCCCCUUUAACUCGAUCCACAUCGCGCCCCCCGACAGCAACGCCCCUGUGCCAUUUGAUGAUGAUCGCGUGGUGGAGUCGCCCGGUAAUGAGGUCAUCCUUCCAGCUCGAAUUCUAAAGGCGACAGAGCAGGGAGACUGGGUCUUCGAAUAG